CAAACCGUUAAGCUGAAAGGACGUGUCUGGUUCGUUCGGUGCACUCAUUGUGUUUUUAUUGUGUGUCUAUUGUUAUUAAACGUUAUCGUUCUUUAUUAAACUUGUGUGUUAGGUACGUACCAUCCUGAAAAAAACGUUGACUGUACAAAGUGUAUGCAAGAUUUCCGUAAAGUUGGGUUCAUUGUUCUCCAUUUGCCGAAAGCUGCUCAGCGUAGCAUGCGGUGUAUGGUAGAGAAGUGAAAAGCAAACAAAACGAAACAUCUGCAUCAGCUGGGUCAUCAUUUUGCAAACCAAACGCUUAGAGCACGUUUCUUGUGGAAUGUAACCGAAGAUUCGGUUGGAGAUUGGUGAAUUUUAAGUUAUCGUUGCUAAUUGUUUAAACAAAUUAUAAAUCGCCGUCGUAGAUUCGCGUGCGUUAGUGAGUGCGUGAGUGUGAUAGAUUUCUUACAGUACGCUUCACGUACCGCUGUUUCUAUUUUUACUUUUCGUGAAGUAAAGAAAAGGGCUAGAAGAAAACCAUUCAACACCUUUCGAACCGGUACCGAGAACGGGCGACGCAACGACGCUAGUGACGUCUUGGCUGAGCGGAUUUUUUAUUUGAAGCACACACACACACACAUACCCGCGUCGGUGGGCCUGGUGCUGCGCUGUUACCACCGAAUCGAAAUCUCGCAUCCCGUUAUCAGCGAGGUUGGACGGCAUCGGCCGAAAGGCGCGCGCGCAAGACCGGCCAGUACCCACAAAGUCCAAAAAUCAUCCCCACCUCCAGAGGGUGCCUGCUUAUCAGCGUGCGCCAGAAAGGUACCGAAUCACCCAUCCGAACAUCCGAACUUCGGGCUUAGUGGUGUGACAUUUGUGGUGCACAUACGGUGAUUAGUAGCUCAUCCGGCACGCAGUGAAAGAUUCUACGCGAAGCAGCAGCACAGCCAGAGGUGGCAGCACCAUGAAUAACCUGAUUGCGAAGCAGAAGCGUCCCGAUCCCGUGGCGGAAUCACUGAAGCAGUUAUUGAAGGCCAACUCUCCCACGGAGAUGCGGGACAUUGCGGCUCGUAUCUGUCGGGACUAUCUGACCGGUGCCUGGAAGACGAUAUCGGCCGACGAGCUGCAGCUGAAGCGCAUCAGCGGUGGACUCUCCAACUUCCUCUACUACGUCAGCCUACCAGAGCAUCAUUAUUACGGCAACAACAACAACAACAACAGUGGUGGCAAGAAAUCGCACCCAAACUCACGGCGAGGCUCGUUCGCAACGGAUCACCAUACCGCGACAAAGACGGCAACAAAGGCACGAAAUGGAAGCAAGCGGGCACGAAAGGAUAGUGGCGCCAGUUUGCUAGAACCGAAGGAGGUGCUGCUAAGAAUUUACGGUCAAACGCACGGGGAACAUGCGCUGGAAACGAUGCUCACCGAAUCGGUCGUGUUUACGCUGCUGAGCGAGCGCAAGCUUGGCCCGAAACUGCACGGCAUCUUUCCGGGCGGCCGCAUCGAACAGUACAUACCGGCCCGGGCCCUGCUGACGGCGGAGCUGAGCGAUGCAAAAAUAUCGCUAAAGGUAGCUGAAAAGAUGGCCGCCAUCCACAGUAUGGACAUACCGGUGUCGAAGGAACCGGACUGGAUCUGGAACACGAUGGCCCGGUGGCUGAAGGGUAUCGCCGGAACGCUGGAAACGAUGGAGCGCGAUCGGGCGAACGGUAACGUGAAGAAGAGCGGUGGCACCGGGGAUCAGUCGGGGGAAGAAGCAAGCAUUAUUACCACGAUGGAUCUGGCGGGUGAGGUCGAGUGGUUGCGAUCGGUAAUUGAGAGCGAAGACUUUCCGGUCGUCUUUUGUCACAACGAUUUGCAGGAGGGCAACAUACUGCUGCGACAGGAUUAUCCCACAGUGAGCGAACCUAGCUUCCGCGAAUGCACAACUUUGGAAAAUUUCGACGAAUCAGCCCAGCUCGAUUCACACUUCAGCAGCAUUCUAAUAUCGAACGGCGGUGUAGUCUCUAGCAAUGAAUCGGUAUCUCCAUCCGAUGGCAACAUUGGUCUCAAUCGAAGCUCGAGAAAGCGAUCGCUGGAUCACGAUUCGAUGGAGAACGAUCUGGACAAUACGCGCGAUUCGGUGCUGAGCGGCAACUCGCAAGCCCUGUCGGACGCAAACUCUUCCACGGACGGCGAGCCGGAACUGAUGAUCAUUGACUUCGAGUACUGUGCCUACAAUUAUCGCGGGUUCGAUCUGGCCAACCACUUCCUCGAGUGGACGUUCGACUAUACCAACACGCAGUCGCCCUACUUCUACCACAAGCUGGACCAGUAUCCUACCGCCGAACAGCAGGAAAAGUUCAUCACGCAGUACCUGAGCCACUUGUCGCCACCGAUGGAGGAUGGGCUGGAGAUUGGCGACCGUGAUGAUUCGGCCGAAGAGGAGGAACGCUCCAAAUACGGUUCGCUGACGGGCAGCGUUUCGGAGGAAGAGGUCGAGCAGGUGCGCCGGGAAGUGCAGUGCUUCACCAUGGCGUCCCAUCUGUUCUGGAGCCUGUGGGCCAUCGUGAACGUGUAUCAAGAGAUCGAGUUUGGCUACAUGGAGUACGCCGUUUGCCGACUAAAGCAGUACCAGCAGGCCAAACAGUGCUACAUCGAAACGACAAUGCCCAACGGGAACGGUUGUCCGGGCGAGCAGACACCGCCGGUCGAUCCGGAGAAAUGAGCUGCUGGUCCGAACCCUGCGUAGCCUGGUACAUGCCGGAAGGGUGAUGUGGUGGGGUCUCCGUUUUGAAACUGAGACUGAAACUGAAUCUCAUACCCCGGUCAGUUACUGCAACCGUUUGUGUAGAGGCUGCAAAAUCAAAGAAUGUCGGAACAACUUUCCCUUCCACGGGGGAGGUUGUGUGUCUGUCGGAACUCAUUGGCUGUACAAGACUCUCUCGGAUCCUAUUAACCAGUAAGCGGGCGUGCGAUCGAAGCCGUGCGCACACAUAUAAGAAACCCAAUCUGAUCCAGUCUAUAAAUUAUGAAUGGGCGAACUUUAUAUCGUUCCGGCUCCGUUUAUCCGCUUUUUGUGUCAAACGACAAUUCUAACCGCGUCAAGUACCAAGCACACACCCGCACACAGCCUAACUUACUGCUGCUCAUUAACGGUAAGGCGCGGAACAGAGAGUUAAACGUGAUUUCGAUUUUAAGCAACGCACGUGUGACCAGUUGUUAGAGAAGUAGAGUGAGAGGAAGCGUUUGUUGCCAACCAUUUUGCGGAAAGCGUUUUGCGCGGGUUGUGGAGUAGGCUAGGUUAAGGAUCGUCCAGAGAAUGUCCAGUCCAGUCGCGUAUGAUAAGGUCGUCAUUUUAGGUGAAAACAGUAUUAGUUGCCCAUAGCGCGCGAUGCUAACGAGCUGUGGUGGUGUAUUGUUGCUAGACAGACGUGUGUACGACGUACGUGUACGGUGUCCUGUAGGGUAUAUUGGUUCACUCCACAACGAAGCUGUUUCUAUUAUGACUAUUUAUUUGUGUUGUUUUGUCUUACGUAUACUUUAGAGUCGGAUGUGUACAACCGACACUCUCCCUGUCUGGCGCGCUGGCCCCACCGUUUUCAAUGGCGCAAAUUGGCGUCGUUUGUGAUGUUCGGUUUUGCGCAAAGAGUGAGAGAGAGAGACAUAUUCUAUCUUUACUACUACUACCACUAUUCCUUCACUCACAUCCUUUUGGAAUGGGACGAACAGAAAAGACUAGGAAAGAAGGUGUGAUAUGACGAAUUUAUACCGAUAGUAGUAACUUGUCUAACUUAGAGCUGCUGUGUAAUGUCGUUCUUAAAGAAACUGGGGGAGAUUUUUUAUAAGUUUUAUUUUCUUUCGCAAUAAAUGUGUAACAUUUUGAGUUUUA